UAUAAAUAUUUCAACACUACGUCUCUUUAACGACAUUCUAUACGAAAGUAAUUACAUACUUCACUUGUAAAUUAAGAAAUUUAAUUAACCACAAAACCAUACUGUGAAAACCGGCGACUAUAAAUAUUUGCACAUAAAAAAACAACAAAAAAUAAAUUAUUCACAACAAAAAAACCUAGAUGCAAAGUGCGCUGAGAUAAGUUCGUUGAGUCAUAGAUUAUAUAUGCGAAAUACGUUUCAACUCAACAGCGUCUCUUCGAAUAGCUUCAUUAGCUAUGCUAGUUUGCUCAUUAUUUUAGAUUUCGAAUGUUAUUGCCAAGCGGAUAAUUUACUACUUGUGCUAUAUAAUACAAUAAAUAGUAAUAAAAAUCUGAAGUAUGUUACAAAGAUAAUUCUUACACACACAUAUCUUCCCUUCAAAAAUGAUAACUUAAAAUUCCAGAAAAAGAUAGGACGUAAAAAAUUAAACUUUCAAUUAAAUCGGGAGAAGGAGAUGAAAUCGCUUCGGCCACGCUUUAAUUCUGAUGAAGGGCAUGCUAGGAGAGAUAUUUCCAAAAUGAUGUUUUUUAAAGACUACAAAACUGUGGAAAACAAAGCUGAGAGCAAGGUCAAAGCAACUCGUAUCGUUCCAGAGUUUAUAGCACCUAAAUAUGAAAGAACUAAAGUGGCAGACAAAUACUUAACCCAAGAAAAUAUAAAUUUUACUUUAAUCGAUAAUUCCAUUUUAGUGGAGUUCAGAAAAUUAGGUCAUUUAGAAGGAACAACCGCAUUUGAAAGUUUUUUGACUCAAUUGCAUAAUUUAGGAGUCCGUGUUUCUGUGCAACAGAUGACAGCUAAUAUACUGGAUAAACGUGAUAAAUGGUUUAUCUAUAGUGAAAUUGGACACUUUGAAACUACUUCCACUAUGGGUUGUUAUAUCUUCAAUAUAAAUCCAGCACUGGCAAUUGUCUUCAAUCACAUUAGCUUUAAUAAUCUCACGAUGAGAGAUGCUAGCAUAAAUGAUAUUGAGAGACUGAAAAACACAUACAUUAAAAAAAAAAUUCCCCUAUUAAUUUUAAAAGACGGUAGCGCCGAGGAGGUAAAACGCACAAUGAAUGCUGUCGAGAAGCUAGAAUUUAAAAAUUUAAAACAAUUAUAUGUAACGGUUAUGUCACAUGGAGAUGAAGGUGAUAUUAUUUACACCAAAACUGAUACUUAUAAUAUUAAAGAAACGGUCCUUAAUCCCUUACUCGCUAAUGAAAGUUUAAAGGAUGUGCAAAAAAUUGUACUGGUAAAUGCCUGUCGCGGUGAUAUUGAUCCACGUUAUGAAGAUGAUGAUUUAGAAUAUGAAGAAACUAACACAGAUGAAAUAGAUGAAAAUCUGGUCACAUUUUAUAGCACACAAAAAGGUUAUGUUUCUCUGUUACCAGCGGAUGGUGCAGUUUUCAUUAAAGAAUUUUGUGAACAUUUCGAUAUACCAUUCAAGGAAUCAUCAAUGGAAGAGAUCGCUGAACGUAUGGAAACAGUUUUACGAAAGAAAAUGGAUUUCUGCGAGAAAGUUACAGACUAUUGUGCAAAACCAGGUGUUCUACAUAAUAUUAAAAUGGAAUUCAAAAAUUUGAAGGGUUACAAAGGCCUUCAUAAAAGAAUUAGUCAAGUUAUAGACAAUGUUUCUUCUAAAAGUGAUGAUACUGUACCCGCAGAAGAUACAAGGUUGAUUAGAUGUCAGCAUUCUGACUGAUUACUUAUUUAUAAAUUAGUUUUUUUUA